UGUUUAUCCCCUCAAAAAAUGUAAUCUGGUGGGAGUUUUUUGGAAUAUUGCUCAAAAAUAUCUGUCAUUGAUUAACUAUCACACAUUUUUGUUGUAUCAAAUCAACUGUUAGUGGGUUAUUAAAGCACUCUAAUAAUUUAUUAUUUACAAGUGUUUUGUGUGAAAUGUUCAAUUGAAAAUGCCAGCCAGGCGUUGCUUUUUCUUCGGUUAGCUGCGCAUUCAACUCUUGCUUGCUACAUUUCUCGUGAAUAAACUCAGGCUCUUUCGUUUAAAAUGGCAGAUGAUUUGCAGCUUCCCAAUUCAUAUAUUCGGUACUCCAGUGAGUUUUACAUGUAUUGCGACUCUGAUGGGGAUACAAUACAAUAUGAAAAAGGAUUAGAAAUGUUCAAGCGUGCAAAUCUUCCAAUGAACACCAUUCAACAGAUUCUAGAAUUAUGUAAAAUAACAGAAGGGAACUCAAUAUCCUGUCAGCAAUUUUUAUCAGCUCUGAAACUUAUCGCUUGCGUCCAAGCUGGUUACACACUUCAUCCAGACCUAUUAACUAGUUCCUUGGAGGUACCUCUACCUAGGUUUUCAAAUGCAGCAGAUGAUCCAUGGCCAGCAAGAGAUGAUAGUCCAGAUUUAAUUCAGUUGAGUGAUGCAACAAAUACAUACUCAACUCAGCUUCAAGACUGUUCAGAGAGCACCGAUAACGAAACCUCAAUUACUUUACGUGCCAAUGGAGUCUCAUCAGCCUCCAAGAAAACUUCACCCGAUGUUUCGAGCGAGUCAUUAACUCCAACAAACAGUGGAGGUGAACGUGGGAGCGCAUGGUGCGAAGAGCAAAGAAGACUGUUGGGCACCGAAGAAGAGUCCGAUAGACACAGCAGUGAUGAUGAAGGCAAUAUUUGGGUCAUGACCAGUGAACAAAAAGAAUAUUAUGCAAAGCAGUUCCGAUCGCUGCCUAACCCUGCUGGCUUAGUUUCUGGCCACGAUGCUCGGAUAUUUUUUGAAAAGUCUCGAUUACCUGUUCAAGAGCUUAGUAAAAUUUGGCAGUUGGCGGACAUAGGGAAAGACGGAGCCUUGUCCCUCAGUGAAUUUUCAACCGCAAUGCAUUUAAUCGUCGCCAGGAGGAACAACAUUCCUUUACCUGACAAACUUCCCCCAUCGUUAAUUCCAUCACCUCCAUCGCCAACUGCUGUUAAACAGUGGACAACAUUUGUUGAUUCCCCAACUCACUCUGUCUCAUCACCUGGACCUAAACCAGUUAAUUUUGACUUCCACAAAUCUGCUGUUGAGCAGGAUCCCAAGAUUUUACAUCCAGUACCUGUCAGAGUUACUCCUGAAGUAGGCGCAAAAGAGGAAACUUGGCCUUCCUCUGGAGAUAACAGUGCAAUAAGACCCAUCCAGAGGCCACAGCCAAAAAAAAAUGCUGCUCCACGGCGAGGUGCUCUCCCACCACCACCUCAAACAGAGGAUCCAAGUUUUGGUCCCCUUAGCUUACCAGCCACCGUGAAUUCAAGUAUUCCAAAAAAAGAUCCACCUCCUCCUCCACCACCUCGUCCCAGGACCCACACUAGAAGUUCAUCUCUUGAUCUCAAUAGACUGGCAAAAUAUGGAAAUAAUGGACCUCCAAUCGUGCCCCCAAGAGUUUCCCCAAGUGUGGUUUCACCAAAGAAAUUAGCUGGUCAAAAGAGUGAAGGGGAGGAAUUUGCUGAUUUUACGCAACUCUCCAAAGAAAUCAGUGAAUAUCAACAACCAGGAGGUGGAGCUUUCAAAGUUUAUAAAAAGCCAGUUGUUGAAAAUAAUGACAAGCCGGCAUCAUCAGUCAUUGUUAAACCUUUGUCUCCAAAUUGUAGUUUGGAUGAUCACAUCGAACAUAAUGCCAUGUUAAAAUCUUUGUGCCAGUCGCUUCAGAAUGAACUAACUAGUCUUCGAAAAGAACGAACGAUCUUACAGCUUCGAUUUGAACAGUUACACUGCCCAUAACACCUUCGAAGAGCAGAUGGAGGAGGGACAAGGCUAAUGGGACAACCAGGUGUUCGAUUUUUCUUUUUUGUGUUCUAAAUGCUCAUCUUAUUACCUGUCAAAAUCAAUGUAUACUUUGUUAAAGGUUAGAGAAUUACAUAUCUCAGAACAUAAGUAAACUUUGAGUCUUGUAAUCUUAGCUCUGAUAAAUAUAGAGGAUUCAUUUUUGAGACUGAGAAAUCUUUUUCAUCAAAUGGAAAUCUUACAGGGUCUUGCAUGUGCUUGGUGGUCUAUGGUAAAAUAUUCAAUCUAAUUUUUGUGGAAUUAAACCCUUUGAACAUUAGUUGUUGAGCUUUACAGCUGUAUUUUAAGUAUUCUGACUUUUAACUGAGACUUUCCUCGCAAUUCAUCAAAAAGGUGGUAUUUUAAAAAGGGAAACCUUCAAAGUAAGUUUAAAGAAAGAGAGUUCCCUGGUAUAUUUAAAAUAAUUUUGUCAUACAUUUCAAAAAACCUAUCUAAUUUUUUUCUUUUUUUCGUUAGACAUGGCUCCUUUUGAAGGCUGCUUCUCUUAAAAUACCUGAGAAAGGAGGCCGGCAGCUUCUAAAAUGCUACUUUUCUGAAGAUUAAAAAACCAACCAAGGAAAAAGUUCCUAAAAUUUAUGAAAAAGUUUUCAUUUCAAAAACAAAAGAAAGGCCUCGCAAACAAUCAAUCAAUUUAAAAAAAUCAUGCAAAGAAGUAUGUUAAUAUUCACCCAAGUUCUCCAAUCAUUUUGAAUUGUGAUCAAGAAUGAGAAAGAAAUGCCCAACUCCCGGACAGCUGGGAGAGUGACAAUUUUCUUAUCACGCAUUUUACAUUUUCUGGUUCUCUUAAACAUUGAACCCAUUGUUAGAAAUAAUCAUACUUGUUUUGCAUCGCAUAGCGUGAAGUAUACAAGUUUAAAGAUUAUGCAUGAAAAGAAAAAGAAAUCAAUGAAAUGUUUUUUUCCUUUUCGUUUUACGACUCGAGAUGUCUUUUUCAGCUGUUAUUUCUUUCAUUAUGUGUACAUGAUAUUGAUAGUGGCAUUUGAAGUUCUUCGUUAUCCCUCCUCUGCGAGUGCAGUUGCUUUUGUUCAAUAACGCCCAUAUUUUUCUGUGAAAUGUCUUUAGCUCCCUUAAGCUUCCCUCGUUUCUGCUCUGUGACUGGAAUUAUUUUAAUUUGUUAUCCGACUCUUGAUAAUUUUUAAGCAUUUUAAUAAUAUCUCAUCAUGAAUUUUAAAAAAAUUCUAACAACUGUGAUUUUAUAUGAGGAAUGCAUACUUUCUCUGUUUGUUGAAAUUUUAGAAAAUGUUCAGUAUAACUAAAUGAAUCUUGCAUUUUUAUUGUUUUAUUUUACGUCUAGCAAAAGAUAAGCAAAUCAAGGUAGCGUAAAAAGAUAAUAACUUAUAAAAAUUAACAACAGGCAGUUAUACGUCACAACCUGAUAUGUCUACAUGAGCUUAUUUAUUUUGUUUCUUUUUACGAGUUGAUUAAUCGUGUAUUUGUUUUUAAUAUUUUGGUUGUUUCUGAUCUUGUAAUGAAAAAUAUCAGGUGAAAUCAUGUACAAUAAGAUGAUUCAUGCAUCUUUUAUUUGACAUGGAUAAGUUGGUUGACCAACGCUAAAGGUAGACAGUAUUUCUCUCUUUAUACGAUUUGAGAUAUCCUCUCUGUUUUUCUAUCCUUUAACUUGUUGAAUAAUCUGUAGCUUUGAGGGCCACUUGAUUUGUUUUUACAGUAGUUUCCUAACUUUUUUUCUUCUAUAAAUUUUUUAAAAAAACUGCCCAAUUUUAGAUGAAGUUCCAUUCUCUAUUUUUCUUGGACUGAAAUAUCCAUUAAAUUAUAAUGUUUUUGAUUCAACCACUAUCAUUGUGUUAUAUUUUGUGAAAAAUUGAUAAAAAAUGUAAAAUAAAUUUUAUUUUCAUCAAA